AUGACCGGGCUUUCUUCAGCUGCACCUCAGGGGGCUUCGUCCUCGCGGCUGACCAGAACCCGACGGCGUGCCGCACGCCGUCGCCGCGGCCUCCUGCUUCCGAUCCUCAUGCUUGCUGUGCUCACGCUGAUGGCGGUUGCCUUUGCGCUCUACUGGGGUGCGCGGGAGCUCAACGACAGCCAGGCGCAGGCGCAGGAGUCUCUCGUUUCGGCCAGCCUGGAUGCCCGGCGCGAGGCCUUCCGCCAUCUGGUGGUGGACUAUGCCUGGUGGGACGAGGCGAUCUACGUUCUCGAUGUGGGGCUCGACGAGCGCUGGGCGCGGGAGGAACUGGGCGCCUAUCUGCUGGAGGCCUUUGGUGUCACCGGCAUCUGGGUUCUUGGGCCGCAGAACCAGACAAAAAUCGCUUUCCUGGACGGCGAGCCGUCGCGGGUGGAUCUGUUCGAUCAGCUGCCGGCGACGGUAAACGGGCUGCUGGACGCGGCCCGCCUGGGCCGCAGCAUAGAAGCGGUGCCGCCGGCUGGCUUCGUUGUCGUCGGCGGACGCCUGCACAUGGUUGGUGCCAGCAUCAUCUCGCCCUUUGCCCAGGUGGGUGACCCGCCCAGUCCGGAAACCGCGUCCCUGCUGGUUUUCAUGCGCCCGCUGGACCAGGAUUUUUUCAGCGCGCCGAGCCUGGCGAGCUUUCUGAAGGAUGCCGGCUUUGCCGAAGGCCCGGCGGCCGAAGGGUUCCUGGAUCACGAGAUCCUCGGGUUCGACGGCCGGCCGAUCGGCUGCAUCUACUGGCGUAACCAGAGGCCGGGCGAUGAUCUGCUCUGGGGCGUCGCGCCGCUGCUGUUGGGCGCGCUUCUGGUUUUGGUCUUUCUUCUGGUGCUGACGGUACGACGGGUCGAGGCAGUGGUGUCGCACGAGGGGCGGCUUUCAGCCUCGCUCGAUCAUGAACGCCAGCGGCGCGAGGACAAGUCGCGCUUCGUUUCCAUGGUUUCGCACGAGCUGCGGACACCGCUGCAGGCUGUGGGCGCCGCCGCGGACGCCCUGGACCGCUAUGGCGGCCGCAUGGGGCCCGCCGAGAUGCGCGAGGAGGUGGAGACCAUCCGCCGCGGUGUCGAUGCCUUGGCUGGGCUGGUUGACGAUGUCCUGCUCAUCGGGAAGGUCGGCGGCGAGGGCAAGGUGCAGUCGAUCGAUCUGGCCCAUCUCUGCUCGGCGGUCUGGCGAGAAGUCUCGACGGCUCUCAAGGCGCACCAGGAACUGCGGCUUUCGGACCGGAUCGGCGCGCCGAUUGAAAGCGGCGCCCAGGUCAUGCUCCACACGGUUCUGUCGAACCUGCUGCAGAAUGCGGUGAAGUACGCGCCGGAGGCGGAGGCGGUCGAGGUCACGCUGUCCAAAGGGCAGGGGCGCUAUGAGAUUUCGGUCCGGGAUUUCGGGCCGGGUGUCCCCCGCGAAGAGCGCGAGGCCGUGUUCGAGCCCUACUGGCGUGCCGAUCGCGUGCUGGAAACCUCCGGCGCCGGUCUGGGGCUGUCGGUUGCGCGGGCAGCGGCCCGUUCGAUCGGCGGCGAUCUGACCAUCGAAUCCGAUGGCCUGGAGCGGGGAAGCCGAUUCGUUCUGCGCUGGCAGGCGCAUCCCGUCGACGUUCAUGUCGGCGGCCGCGUGAGGCUUCGUCGCGUCUUUCUGGGAUAUUCACAAGAAAAGCUGGCCAAUGCGCUCGGCCUGACAUUCCAGCAGAUUCAAAAGUAUGAGCGCGGAGCCAACCGUAUUUCAGCGAGCAAGCUCUAUGAGCUGUCUCGCAUCCUAAGCGUGCCGGUCACCUACUUCUUUGAAGGUGUGGAGUCCGACGGCGAGGCGGUGGCGAACGGCGCCGACGCUGCGGCCGGCGGGGCCGGGGCUAUUCAUUCCUCUGAUCCGGAUUUCACCAAUCAGCGGGAAACUCUGCAGUUGAUCAGCUCCUACUAUCGGAUUCCGGACUCCAAGGUCCGCGCCGAGGUGCUAUCCUUGUUGAAGACCUUGGGCAGAACGUCCGAAGGUGGCGGCCUCCGACCUUCUUUCUGUGCGCUUAGGCUGGCGCACUGCCCUGGCCGGUCAAGGCGGCCGGCCUCCUCAUCGCGGCUUGUGGGGUUCUUCUCUCACGACGGCUUGGCGGGAUCGGUCAUGACCGGCCUGCCGAUCGAUCAGGUCGAUGCCCUCAGCAGGGUGAAGACGACUGAGGAGAUCGGCGGCCUUCUUCAGGGUUUGGUUGAGGCGCUCGGUUUUGCGGCCUACUCCUACGUUCAUGUCCGACCGCCGCUGGGCAAGCGCAUCCGCUCCUUCGUCCCGGCCGAUUCGCCGAACGGGCGCGUGGUGCACGAGUUUCUCGCCACCUUCCCGGAUUCCUGGAUUGGGCACUAUCUGGCGCGCGGCUAUGGCGAUAUCGAUCCGACUUUCCUUGCCGCAACCGGCACCACGCUGCCGUUUGACUGGCUGACCCUGACCGCACGGGGCGACCUCAGCAGCGGUCAGCGCCGGCUGUUGAACGAGGCCGAGGAUUUCGGCCUGGGCCUUGGGGCGACCGUACCCAUCCACGGUCCGGACAGCGGACUGUCGACCCUCAAUGUUACCGCCCGCCAGGCCCAGCCGGCCUUCGAGGGAACAUAUCGGCAGUCCCGCCAUGACCUCGUCUGGAUCGCCGCCCAGGUUCACGAGGCUUUUCUGCGGCUUUCACAGGACGCGCCGGAAACGCAGCGCGUGCGCCUUACCGACCGCGAACGCGACUGCCUUUUGUGGACGGCGCGCGGGAAGACCGCUUGGGAGGUCGGCCAGAUCCUCUCUAUCUCCGAAGAGACGGUACUGUUCCACCUGAAGAACGGCACCCGCAAGCUGGGCGUCUUCUCAAAGCAUCAUGCCGUCGUCAAAGCGGCCUGCCGGGAUCCGAAACCAGGGGGGGACCGCGCCGUGAUCGACGUUGUAACGCCGGAUUUCUACAGCGCUUACGCCAAGGAUCUGAGGGCGAUGUUUCAACAGCGCUUCCGCGUUUUCAGGCAGCGGCUGGGCUGGGACGUUUCUUCCGAGGCGGGUGAGGAGCGCGACGGCUUCGACACGCUCUAUCCGACCUACCUGCUUGCCAGCGACCAGGACGGCGCGCUCGUCGGCAGUUGGCGGUUCCUGCCGACGACCGGUCCCUACAUGCUGCGCGAUGUUUUCCCGGAGCUCCUGGAAGGCGAGAAGGCGCCUUAUCAUCCGCUGGUCUGGGAGGGCAGCCGCUUUGCGGUGGAGGGCCGCAGCACCCGCGGGCGCACCAGCAGCGAGCUGCUCUGCGCGGUGACCGAGACCUGCCUGGCGAUGGGCAUCCGCGAACUCAUCACCGUCUACGACGCCAGGAUGGAGCGCCUGCUGCCACGGCUGGGCUGUCCGCCGCGCCGGCAGUCUGAAGGCAGACGCAUCGGCAAGGAAAUCGCCUUCGCCGGCCGCUUUGACAUGACCCAUGCAACGCUGGCGAACCUGCGCGCGGUUGCCGGCAUUCGCGGCUCGGUCAUCCGCAACGCCUUCGCCCUGGAACAGCAGGCCGAUGCCGAGGCCAUCAAGCGAUGCCUCGAUUACCUGAGGAUCGAAGCCAAACGCACAGGGCUUUCCUUUGCCGCCCACCUGAUCGGAGUCGCUGCGGAGGCCGUCGAGGACUCGAUCGCGCUGACCGAGAAGUCGGUGGCUCAGGUGGAGCGCAAAGACGCCAAGCCGGAGAUCUGCACCAUGAGCCUUGUCGUCGAUCGUUGCGAAGGGUUUGGAGAUCUUGACCGCGGGUCCGCCGUUCCGGCCUUGAAGGGACUGCCGCUGCUGGGCCUCGCGCCGGCACUGCGCCGCGAUCCGCUGCGCUUCUUCACGCGGGUGGCCGCGGACCAUGGCGAUGCGGUCUGGUUGCACCUGGGACCGGACCGGGUCCUGAUGGUGAACGACCCAGCGAUGAUCCGUCACGUUCUGCAGGACAAUCGCCCGAACUACGUGAAGAGCCGCUUCUACGACAUGAUGCGGCCGGUUCUGGGCGAAGGCAUCUUUCUGGCCGAGGGCGAUGACUGGCUGGGGCAGCGCAAGACCGCGCUGCGCAGCUUUCAGGGUUGCCAGCUGCGCCGCAUGACCGCGGCGAUGCAGGAUGCGGUCGACGACAUGCUGCAGCGCUGGCAACUGCCCGCGGCCCGGGGCGAGGCGCUCGACGUUGUGCCGGAGAUGAUGCGGCUGACCCUGGACAUUCUGAUGCGCACCCUGUUCUCCGUCCGGCUGGACGGUGACCACGAAGAGGUCUUUCAGGCCAUGACCGUUGUGCUGCGCGACGCGGAGCGCCGCGUCUGGUCGCCGUUUCAGAUGCCCCGCUGGCUGCCGACGGCGCGCAACCGGUCGGUGGCGAAGGCGCUCGCCGUCCUCGACCGCUUUGUCUACACCAUGAUCGCAGAGCGGCGUCGCGCCGGCGCAGAGGAACGCCGGGACAGCGAAGACGCAGGCGGCGAUCUGUUGGACCUGCUUCUGGCCGCGCAGGGCCAGGACACCGACAGGAAACUGCGAGACCAGAUCCUGUCGAUGGUUCUCGCCGGUCACGAGACCACGGCCAAUGCCUUGGCGUGGUGCUGGUACCUGCUGUCCCUGCACCCGGAAUCCCUUCGCCGCGUCACGGCCGAGGCGGAGGCUCUGCCCGCGGGGCGCCCGCCGGCCUUCGCCGAGCUGGCCGGGCUGACCUAUACGCGCUGCGUCUUCGACGAGGCCUUGCGGCUUUAUCCUCCGCUCUGGACCUUCUCGCGCACGGCGCUUGCCGAAGACGAAAUCGCCGGGCUGCCGGUUGCGGCCGGGACGAACGUCAUGCUGAACGUGUUUGCCGUCCACCGCCGGCCGGAGCUUUGGGACAACCCGGAAGGCUUCGAUCCGGCGCGCUUCGAUCCCGAGACCGGCGACCCGCGCCGCCGCUUCGCAUACUUUCCCUUCAGCGACGGACCGCGCAGCUGUCUUGGCGAGCGCUUUGCGGUUCUCGAAUCCCUCAUCGCCAUCAGUUCGGUGGUGCGCCGCUUCGACCUGCACCUGCUUCCGGGGCAGGACGUCAGGGUUAUGCCCGCGCCCGUCUUGGUGAUCCUGAUCUAUCUGAUCGGGUUGGGUAUCGUUUAUCCGGCGCUGCCCUUCCAGGCCCUGGCCUUGGGAGCGAGCCCGCUUCAGGUGUCGAUGAUCCUGGUCACCGAUACGGCCAUGGUGCUGCUGCUGGCGCCGCUGUUCGGGCGCCUGAGCGACCGCUUCGGCCGACGCGGCGUGACCUGCCUGGCACUGGCGACCGCCCCCUUUGCCUAUCUCCUGAUGGCCUAUGCCGACUCGCUGCUGAUGCUCUUUGCGGCGCGGGCCCUCGCAGGCGUCAGCAACGCGGCGGUGCCGGUGAUCCAGGCGCUCAUGGCCGACAGCACCUGUCCGAAGCGCCGCGUGCACGGGAUGGCCAACGUGAAUUCCGCCUUCGCCCUCGCCUUUAUCGUCGGGCCGCUGCUCAGCCGCAGCUGGCUGCUGGGGCCAGAGGGCGACGACUAUCAGGCGGGCGCCCUGGGUGGCGCGGGCUUUGCCGUUUUGGCGGUUGUCCUGGCUGUCCUCCUGCUGCGGGAGGUCCGCCAGCCGGGGCAGGCCGGAGCCGCUGUCCGGUUCGCCAGCUCGCGGGCAGGCCUCCUGAAGGUUCCGCAGAGGCUGUUUCUGGCGCCUUUGCUGUUGGGGCCCAUCGUGAUCAUGGCGCUUCUGGCCUUCGCCUAUGCGGCGAUGGAAGCGACGCUGGGCCUGUGGUCGGACCGGGUGCUCGCGUGGCGCGCAUCCGACGUCGCCCUGGGGUUCAUCUGCGCCGGCGUGGCCGCCCUGUUCAGUCUCUGGGUUCUGAUUCCGCUGCUCUGCCGGCGCAUCGGCGAGGAAGCCGUCGCCGCCGCUUCGUCCCUCGCCAUGGUCUUCGGCUUGUUGCUCUUCGCCUUCUGGCCCGGCGACCUUGCGAUUGCCUUUGCGAUGAUGCUUCUGGGCGCCGGCGUUGCGACGAGCCUUUCCUGCCUGCAGGCUCUUCUGUCCAAGGCGGCACCGGCUUCGGCGCAGGGGGCGGUGCUGGGCGUCAAUCACGCCGUUCUCAGCAUUGCGCGCAUUCUGGGGCCGAUCUGGGGCGGGUUUGCCCUCGGCAGUCUCGGGACAAGCUGGCCGCAUCUCUCCGGCGCCGUUCUCGUUGUCAGUGCGCUGAUCGCCUUGAUCCUGCUGUACAGGCCGCGCGCGCAGCCCCAGGAGGCAAAGAUGAACGUUGCCAGUUUCCUCGAUGCCACUGCCACCCGAACGCCGGCGGCAACGGCCGUGGUCCACGACGGCAGGCGCUACAGCUACAGGCAGGUGGUGAGGGAGGCCAACAGGGUUGCCAACGGUCUGCAGGCCGAAGGCUUCGGCCCCGGCAGCCGCAUCGCCCUUGCCUGCAACAACAGGCCCGGGUUUCUGGCCGCCUACUACGGCAUCCUCAAGAUCGGCGCGGUUGCCGUCGUGCUCAGCACGACGCUCAGAGAACGGGACAUCCGCUUCCAGCUUGAAGACUCCGGUGCCGAGGCCCUGCUCUGCUUUGAGGGUUGCGGCGACCGGGCCUAUGCCGAUGAAGCCCUGCCGGCAGCCGAUGCCGCGCCGCACUGCGCCAAGGUCUGGGUCAUUCCCGCCCGUCCCGAGGCAGCCUCUACGGUGGCGGGCUAUCCCGCCCUUGCCGAUCUGACGGCCGGUCAGUCAGACCGCUGCGCCACGCGCAGCUACGCAGCUCAGGAGACGGCCGUCAUCCUCUACACCUCCGGCUCGACGGGGCGUCCCAAGGGCGUCGAACUCACCCAGUCGAACCUCAUCGAGAUGGUGCGGAUCAACCGCGGCCUCGCGGCGCCGGCGGCCACCGCCGUGCGGCUGGUUUCGACGCCGCUGUUCCACGUGAUGGGCCAGAUCUGCGGCAUGAACCUGGCGGUUCUCAACGGCGAGACCAUGGUGCUGGUAGAGCGCUUCGAUCCCGCCCUGAUCUGGCGCCUCAUUGUCGAAGAGGCGGCGACCUACUUCGUCCAUAUGCCGAUCUUCUACCGCUACCUGCUGGAGCGCGCUGAUGCGGUGGACACUGCCGCGGUGCGGCGCAGCCUGCGCCUCUGUGCGACCGGUGGCGCGCCGCUGCAGGACGAUCUCCGCACCGCCUUCCAGGCGCGCUUCGGUCUCCCCCUGGUUCCCGGCUACGGCCUGACCGAGGUGACGUCGAUCGUGGCCUGGGGGGCGGAUAUGCCGCUGCCACGGGCAACCACUGUCGGGAAGGUGGUGCCCGGUGUCGAAGCGGUCGUCGCCGACGGGGCCGGCAGGGCGCUGGCGCCGGGUGAGGAGGGCGAGAUUCUGGUGCGCGGGCCCGGGGUGAUGAAGCGCUACCUCAAUCUGCCUGACGUGACAGGGACCCGUCUCAGGCACGGCUGGUUCCACACCGGCGACAUCGGACGCUUCGACGGCUUCGGCCGGCUCGACGUUCUCGGGCGCGUUGACGACAAGAUCCUGCGCGGCGAGGAGCAUAUCUACCCGGCCGAGGUGGAAACGGCGCUCAAAGGCCAUCCGGCGGUCCGCGAGGCGGCGGUCAUCGGGAUUCCCGACGACGUUCUGGGUCAGGAGGCGAAGACCUUUGUGGUGCUCAAGGAAGGCUGCGCCCUCAGCGGCGGCGACCUGCUCGGCUGGCUGGCACGGACGCUGCCCGACGGCAAGUGUCCGGGUCUGCUACAGUUUCAAGAGAGCCUGCCGCUGACCCCGACAGGCAAGGUCGCGCGCCACCUGUUGCGCUAG